AUGGAGCCAAUUAAAUCAUAUUCUCCAUCUUAUGGUUGGAGGAGUAUCAUAUCAGCUAGAUCUUUGGUAAAUAGAGGACUUAUCAAAAGAGUGGGGUCAGAAGAUACUAUUUCUGUUUGGUCAGAUCCCUGGAUCCCAUCUCAAUUCCCAAGACCAGCAUCAAGUAACGGAUCGCCUUUAGACCCGUUUUUAAGAAUUCAAGACUUAGUCGAUCGGCAAAAUAAUUCUUGGCGUACAGAAGUAUUGCAGGAACACUUUGCUUCAGAAGAUAUCCAAGUGAUACGUGCUAUUCCAGUUGGUAAUAGACCAUCCGGCGAUGUAAUUGGAUGGCAUUUUACGAAGAAUGGGAAAUAUACAGUUAAGUCGGGGUAUCAGGUUGCUCGAAUGGCGGGUCCGAGGAGUCCGGUUCUCACGGUAUAUGGCCCAGAUAUACUUCCUCUCGUGGCGAAAGUGUGGAGGGAAUCAAUUGUGAUGCCAGCUGCACUCGUUGUGGCGAUUUAUGGGAAACUGUUAACCACGUCAUCUUUGAAUGUCCUCCGGCUCGCCAAGGGACCAAUUGGCUUUUUGCCCAUGGUUGUUCAGGUAGCCAGAGAUGAGGCACGUAUUUGGCAUGACGCACAGAUCGAAGAAGUAGAUAUCCCGCUAGUUCUCCCGGUGGACAGGCAACAAAGGGUCUCUGGGGUGACUGGACGUAACGUCCAACUUCCCCCGCUGUUAGCUGGCUCUCGGUGUUUCAUAGACGGAUCUUGGAAGGAUUCUGAUAUAUAUGCAGGCUUAGGCUGGUUUUGUCAAUCUGCUAUGGAAGCGCCACCGAUAAUGGGAGCAUCUAACCGCUACAGAAGUCUAUCUCCUCUCCAUGCUGAAGUUGAGGCCUUGGUGUGGGCUAUGCGUUGUAUGAUUGGACACAAUUUUCGAGACGUGAGUUUCCUUACCGACUGCUCUGAUUUGGUGAAGAUGGUGUCUUCCCCACAAGAUUGGCCGGCCUUCUCUGUCUACUUGGAUGACAUUUUCACAGAUAGGGAAUAA